UUCAGAAUGAUUUAUUCGCUCUAGCCUCUUUCUCUUUCUUUAUGUAUGUUUUUUAAAAUCUUUUUGCAUGGUUUUUUUAUCUAUCUUGUUGUAUUUGUUUUUACUGUAAAGUGUCCUUGGGUGUCCAGAAAGGUGCUCACAAAUAAAAUGUAUUAUUAUUAUUAUUACUAUCGUGAGUUAUCUAGGUGAUACUGCCCACUGCUGCUGUAUACUAGUGUUUGAAAAUAGUCAGGAAAAUGUUCAUAUUUGCAGCAAAGUGGGUGGGAAUGUUAUUUUUACGUUUGUAUUUUUAUUUUUUCGAGGGAGGGGUUGCAGUAACUUCUCACAAAAACACUUGAUGGAUCGUGAUGAGGAGAAUAAAUAACCGGGCUCGCCGUGGGACCGGCCUGGACCGGCCACACGUUCCCACGACCCCUCCUCUCUCCACAAACACUGAGAGCCACGGGCUGCAGAGACGCACAAGCAGCGCGGACUCGGAGGAGGCAGCGGCUUUGCACCACUUUUACUGUUUACUAGUGAAGCUCCAUCUCGGGCUGCGCUGUUGCGCUCCGACUCAGAGGCGAAGGAUGGAAGAAAACCCGUCUUAAUCUGCGGAGGAAUUGGGUUAAAGUGUGGAUUAAGCGCGGAUCAAAGUGGAGGAGGAGUGGGAGGAAUAACGCAACUCCUCUGUUGUUGUUGUUUUUUUUUUUUUCUGAUAAUGCCAAGGAGCCCGUUUCUGCUUCGGAUUUACGUCCAGAAAAAGGGUGAAGCCAGAGGAUGACAGCUGCCAGCCCACCCUGCAGCCCCUCCAACUCCUCACCUGCCUGCCUCCCCGCCUGCCGCAGACACCUGAGGAAGACCGAGGCCCUCCAGAUCCGCCUGCACCUGGGCUCGGCCCCGGGCGUGUGGCUGCUGCUGGGGGUGCUGGUGGUGCUGGUGGGGUUGAGUGUGGCGGUGGUGGGCUACGUCUCGGCGGCCCCUAAGCCCGGUGGGGGCCGAGGCAGCACCCACGUGGACAGGAUGAAGCUGGCCGGGCCCGUGGUCAUGGGCCUGGGCCUCUUCAUCUUCAUCUGCGCCGCCACGCUGCUCUACGAGAACCGGGAUCGGGAGAUCCUGAGGAUGGAGACGCCAGACGACCUGGAGGACCUGAAGGGGGGAAGCUGCUGGGAGGACUCUCAGGACCAGCACAGCUUUGGCUGUCAGGAGCAGUGGGAGGGUAAAGACGGAGAGCCGGCGUCCUGGGCCUCUCCAGCCCACAUCCUCCCCCUCGGGAACCCUCCUCUUCCUGCUCGGUCCAGCAGAUACAGCACCGGCAGUGGACCAUCACUGCCAAAUCCUCCUCCUUCUCCUCCUCCUCCUGUGGACGGUAAAGACAAUAAAGAGGAGGAGGGAAGGUCGACCCUCUUGGCCCGAGUCCUGCACCACCAGGAGCCGGUUCCUCACCCAUCCUCCCCCUGCCUCUCCGUCUCACGCUCCUCCAUCUACUCAGACUCCUGCAACUCCAGCGAGAUCAACUUUAACAUUCGGACAGACUCCUCAGAGCUCCACUGAACCCUCCCCUCGACCGGUUCUCCUGAAAUAUGCAUGAUGAGACACACUUUAAAGCAGACUAUGCAUUCCUGGAUAAGCAGAUGAGGAGUUUGUUGGUAUGUUCCUCGGUUUGCUCUGAGUCACGGUCUAUGAAGGGUGUUUUUGUCCUACAUCGCCUCUCUUCUGACUCAGCCACGUUUUUUUUUCUGAAGGAUCGGAGCUUUGAUGUCCAACUCUCCAUCUUGUUGUCUUUGAACUCCAACAGGCCCUCAAAUCCCCAAAAACCACCGCUGGGUUUGACCAUAUUUGGACCUGAGGAGGUUUGAAGAAGUUAUUUGGGUGCCACACAGAGGAUAGACUCCCUCCUUCUUCCUUCUACUUCUACUUCUCUGCAGAGGUUGUUAUCUGGAUUGGGUGUCAAAUUUAUCUUUAUCUAAUCUACUCUUGCUGUAAUCUGGUCUUUAUCUGAGGUAAUUGUGUCUCACUAUAAACAAGAGAAGCACACAAGGCCACACUCCUCUCACUUCGACACCUACAGCCACGCUAUAAAUACCAGCUGGUGCUCCGAACACUCGCAAGAUCUGCUUUAUUACUGUAAUUUCUUUCUUUCUUUUUAAUUCUUACUGUCAGCUGCUCACUUCUCUCCCUUUGCUCGAGUCGCGCCGAGGCGAGAUCUUAAAGGAAUAUCAAUCAGAGGGUGACGGAAAGAAAAGAGCAGCAACUUAACAGCAACAAACAACCCAAACAAAUCAAAUCUGCUGUUGCGAGUUGUUCCUGACGUGUCUUUAACCGAGCAAAAAAAGAGCGGAGUAAUUGAAGCUCCGCUCUCCCACCAUGCCGACCUUUCAUCUGCUCUCGCUUCAUCAUCCCAUUCCUACGCUUUAUUCAAAUCCUCAAUCCUGAGAAACGGUGAAAAAUAGGACAGAACAAUGCAGAGGGAAAAGCAGGUACAAUUAAAGCCGAGUGCGUUUGAACAGACGGAGAGGAAAAACGAGGGGAGGGGGGGUUUAUUUUAAUUAUCACCAGCGUUUUCUCCUCCAGUCUCUAAUUACACAGGGGAUCAGUCUGAAGGGUUUUAUAGGUGCUUCAGGACUGCUGGGUAUUUCCGUGUUGUUUGGGCUCCUGCUGGGAUCCUGCCAUCCAGGUGACGACCCGAGUGUACAGUAAUUUCCCAGCCGCACGUUCAGCACCCAUCUGUCUGGGCGGAGGGUGUUCCUGUAGGUACGGCGAGCUCUUUAAAGAUGCUCGAUGUAUAUUUCAGUGGCGGGGAUGAGCAGCCUCCUCCGUGGCACUCAUCGCUCAGAAAAGCAGCUCUCGCAGCCCGUCUCAGAUGAUCUGAUGCUUUCGCGUCGUUGGGAGCUGAGGCUAACUUUCAUCUGCACGUUAUCAUCCCAUAAUCCACACAGGGUUUGAUUGGUUUUGCGUAACGACCUGAACAAUCCUGCAAUAAAUCCUCCCUCUGGUAAGGUUGUGGUGUUUUCCCUGAGAGGUUCUGAUGCUGCAGCUCGUGGCAGCGUUGACUUCGUGUUACGUCACGCUGACAGGUGGUUCUACUACGCUGAAGGAGAAAAAUCACAGUUUCUCACAACCCAAGCUGAUGUCAAAACAUUGCUUUGACAAGACCACAAAAAAAAGAGAAAAACUUCAUUCAUAGAAUCUGGAGACAUUUGGUACUGUCACUUGUAUGAUCAAAACAGUUGAUGUAUUUUUAUUUAGUAAAACUGCCAACUAUUUUGAGCAAUUUUAUUUGAAAAAAAGCAAUUAAAAUUCUGAUGCCAGCUUCUUAAAGGUGAAUAUUUCUUGUUUCUUUCAUCAGUAAACUGAAUAUCUUUUGGGUUGUGGACAAAACAAGACAUUUUUAGGACUUCGUUCUGGGUUAGAUUGAUAUUUUUCACCAUGUUCUGACAUUUUAUCGACCAAACAACCAAGCGGUUAAUGUAAAAAUUACAAUAACAGUCUUCGCAAAUUCAUUUUGAGCGGGGGUGAAAGUAGUUUUAAAUUCUUGCCGGAUCUAUUAGUAAUAGUUCCGGACCGUUCCGGCUUACUUUCACCCCAUUCCGUCGAUGCUAACCAUUGUAAAUCCCAUAGAUAUUAUAUAUCUAUGGUAAAUCCUGUUGAAAGUUUUUCAGCCAAACACAAGAACGUGUGGCAUUUCAGGUGUAAUUUAUUGCUCGUCCCAGUGCAAUAAAUCAAGCGCACCUAUUUGCUAUUGGCUGCUACUGGCCAUAACAAUCGCUGUGUUACGGAAGUAGACACGCAUGCGCACUUACGUACUGCUGAGUGAAUUCCGGUCGAUAUCCAUGGAUAGCAGGCAGGCCAGGCGGCGUACCGGCGUACCCAUAGAUACCGGUGGAAGAGCGGCGUACCGCCAGCAGAUCUUUUCCCGGAACUGCGUUCUGCCACCAGAUCUUUUGCCGGUACGCAGUUCCGGACCGUUCCGGCUUACUUUCACCCCUGAUUUUGAGUCAAUUGAGGUAUUUUUAACAUACAUGCAGCAUAUGUGUCAGUUUCGAUUUUCACAGAAUUAAUCAGUUUGAGUCAUUUUAUGGGAAAAAAAGGUCUAAAUUCUCUGAUUGCAGCUCCUCAAAUGUCAUUAUUUUCUGGUUUCUUUCCUCCUCUGUGACAAUAAACUGAAUACAUUUGGGUUUCAGGA